GGUCACUUCUGGCUCCAAAAAUCAAAGAUAGCAAAGGUGAAAUCCAAGAUGGCGAUGGUCAAAUUGCUAAAGUCGAGGCUUCAAAGUGGCAGUCCACACAGUCCAAUGGGUGAUGUCACGGUGACUAUGUCCAUAUUUUUUUCCAGUCUAUUUUUGUUUGUGAUGUUUUUUUCUACCCUGACGUUGGCUUGUCGCGCAUGAUCAUAAAUGGCCGUCCAUUCCAUAACCCUGCUUGCUAAUGUUGUUGCUAAGGUUUUUCCAUGUUUUUUGUGUUGUCCACUCUCAUAUUUUGGAUCACAUUUUGGCUCAAACGUGUAUGGAUGUAUUUGAGAAGUUGACAUUUCAAGCAAGGAAUGAGAAAAACUAGUGAAAUCCCGCUACUAUAGUUUGUUUCAUGGUUUGUUGAUGUAGCCUCCAGAGCUGGAGGAUGUCUGUCAAUGGUCAGCUUCCAAGAGCUCACCAAUCAGAACAGAGUGGGCUCGUCAGGAGGGGGUCCUUAAAGAGACAGGAGCUAAAACGGCCUGUUUCAGACAGAGGCUGAACUGAAGGGCUGUGUGAAGGGUUAGUAUAAGAUGAAUAAGGAGUUUUUUGAACUGUAAAUCAUGCAAAGAAAUUCCAAUAGAGCCCCAGCUCUGUGUGUGUGUGUGUGUGUGUCUAUGAGUGUAUGUGAGAGAGAGAGAGAGAGAGAGAUAGAGAAAGAAAGAGAGAGAGGUUUAUAUCCUCACAAGUGAAUGUGAACUGUGUGUAGAUGCAGCAGUAGGGUCUCUGUGUGUGUAAGCAGCCUGGCCAUGCAGGCGGGCGGGCAGGAGCGACAUUUAUCAGCCCUCUAAGUGGCUGUAGGAAAAGCAAUGCUCGCUGGGAUGCAGGCCCGUAGCCAGGACAAAUUGAACCGGGGGGCAUUCAGUUUUCACAGGGGGACCCCUCAUAUCAAGAUAAUGUUAAACAACGUGUGCUCUAAUCCAAAAACACAUUACAAACUUGUUAAUUACACACUUUUAACAAAAAAAGGGUUCACUCGAUGUCUACGUUAGAGCACAUCACAGCGUAGCACGAUGAUUUUCUAAUACAAACUUAAUGAACAAAAACAAGAAUGAUAACAAAUAACACUUGUUGACUUCUUGCUUAUUCACGGAAUAUUUUGUGUGUAUACCUCCAGGGGUUUCAGAGAAUAAUGCAAUGAACAAUGCAUUGAGCAUAAACGCCGCUGUGCAUGAUUGUAGCUCAUGCACCAUCUGUGGAGGCCCGUGCCACGGUGUCUUGCACAAGUAUAAACAAAGCUUUAGAGGAGUUGCAGGGGACACAUCUUGGCGUGGAAUCUCCUGAGGACCCUCUCCUUCCAUUCAUUCAGACAUUUGCUUGUGAGGUCUCUCUGUAAGGCCAGCUGCACCAGCUACACCUUGUGUGCUUGGUGCAUGGACCAAUGGUGGUCAGUGAAGACAUUCCUCAAGACUAAGAAUGAAGGUCUCUCACUUCCAAGAUCAUCUGGAGGCUGAAGCUGUGGUCCACUGACAGUCACACCCGAUCCCCUGUGAACCGAUGACAGCAGCAGGGCUAAAGUUGAUGGUAGCUUGGUCUCCUGAUGUGAUUUCGUUCCCUCCUCCUCCCACAACAACCUUUCCUUCUUCUGCUUCUAAGCUGGACGUGUCUUUAUUGUUUGUCAGUUGAAUUUGCUUUAACAAAUUUUUUUGGUAUACAUUGUAUACAUUUCACCAUACAUACUAUUUGCUAAUGCUAACUCCCAAAAUUCUUUGAGUGGUGAGCUUAACCUUUAACCUUAUGGGUCACCCUUAAUCUUGCAGUUAUGUGCGAGAUUUGAUGAUUGAUGGUCUUCCUCUUAAAUUAGGCUGCUGCAUCACAAUUAAAUUAUGCACCAAAACAGCUUUUGUCUGCAUAAUCUCAAAUGUAAGCAAAAAUGCAAAACACACGCCAUGGGGGCCCACUCCAAUCUGGCCCCAAAGACCCCUGAAAGUUCCUGGCGUAAUGUUUGUCAAGGUGGGCCCCGCUUUAUUUUCUAAUCUUUUUUGGCAUUUUUUUCCUUUAUAGAGGAAUAUUAUAGGGUGAUACAGAAUUCAACAGCCAGUAUUCAACAUACGACAACACUGUAUUUUUUGAGUUUUGAGGCUACAUUGCAUAUUGUAAAAUAGAUAUGCAUGUAGUAAAUUAACCAUGCAGCAAACCUAAGGCAAGAUAGUACUCCAGCAGAGGAAAUAUGUACAACUUGCAAAGAGAGUGAGAAAAAUGCAAAGCUAAGCAGCAUAUUUAUGCCCCAGAGCCUCCAGCAGUUCAGCUGUGGUUCCUCUUCAGUGCAGUAAAUAUCAGAGACAGACUGAGAGAAUGAGAGAGAGAACACAGGCAAACAUACUCACUUUAGUGACAAAUUUGUCACCUCCAAGUGAAAUGUUUAAUAGUCAAAAUGUCCAAUUAGACCACGUGCGUCGUGUGUGCGUGUGGGUGUAGGACUAUAUAUAUAUGCACAGUUAACCACUCACCAGGUUUACUUGUGAAGCAAAGCAGCAGAAUGAACCAAACACCUGGACUACUCUGGAAAAGUUAGUCGAGUGCAGAAGCUUUAAAGAUAGGUGGGUGUUAAAAGCUUCUAGUGUUGGUGUUGUGAGUCUCGGAGGAGGUUCAGGAGGAUCAUGGAGGAACUGGCCAGGGAGAGCAUCAGCCUGCUGGCUCGGUCUGCGUCCCAUGCAGACCCUCCGCGGCUCGGUUCGUUUGGAGCAGUGUUCAUCAUGCUCAAGUCUGCGUUGGGAGCCGGACUGCUCAACUUCCCCUGGGCUUUCCAGAAGGCGGGAGGAGUGAAAACUGCCAUCACUGUGGAGCUGGUAUCCCUGGUAUUUCUCAUCAGCGGUUUGGUCAUCCUCGGCUAUGCCUCGUCUGUCAGCAGACAGAAGACCUAUCAGGACGUAGUGCGAGAGGUGUGUGGACGAGCUGUGGGCCAACUGUGCGAGGUCUGUUUCUGCUUCAACCUCUUCAUGAUAUGUGUGGCCUUCCUGGUGGUGGUGCAGGACCAGCUGGAGAAACUGUGUAUUUCUUUAUAUGAGACGGUGACAGGGUCGAGUGAGGGAGAAAUGCCGUAUCACUGGUACACCGACCAGCGAUUUGCCCUCUUCAUCAUGUGUCUCAUCAUCAUCCUACCGUUGUCCAUCCCCAAAGAAAUCGGCAUCCAGAAAUACACAAGUGUGUUGGGGACGCUGGCUGCUACAUAUCUGUGUGUGGCGGUGAUUGUCAAAUAUUACCUGAUGGAGAGCCACACUGCCAUAAUAACUCCAGAGCACAGCCAAGGUGUAAGUUCGUGGGCAUCGAUGUUCAGUGUUGUGCCAACCAUCUGCUUUGGCUUCCAGUGCCAUGAAGCCUGUAUAGCAAUCUACAGCAGCAUGGAGAACCAGAAGCUCUCCCACUGGGUGGUCAUCUCUGUGGUCUCCAUGUUUUUCUGUUUGCUCAUCUACACUCUCACCGGUGUGUACGGCUUCAUGACUUUCGGGCGAGAUGUUGCUUCAGAUAUUUUGAUGUCAUAUCCAGGAAAUGAUGUGGUCAUGAUCAUUUCCAGACUACUUUUUGGAAUAUCGAUUAUUACCAUCUAUCCUAUUAUUCUUCUUCUGGGGAGAUCUGUCAUCCUGAACCUGAUGCUGCGUGUCCAAAGGCGUCGUUGGGGAAUCGUCACUCACUCCUUUGAGAGUCGCUGCAGAGUGGUCCUCACUGUGAUCUGGAUCACCAUCACUCUGCUCAUUGCCAUGUUUGUCCCCGACAUGGGAGAGGUCAUCAGUGUCAUAGGAGGAAUCAGUGCCUUCUUCAUCUUUAUCUUUCCUGGUCUUUGCUUAGUGUUCACAAUGCAAACUGAAACUGUGACUCCCAGAGUCAGGGUGAUUUUAACAGUUUGGGGAAUCAUAACCGUCGUUGUUGGAGCCUUCAUCUUCGGACAGAGCACAACCAUUGCUAUCAUGGAGCUUCUACACAAAUUCUGAAAUUCACCACUGUUAUCUGCAGCAGCAGCUUUACUGUGACUUCAGAGCGUUUCCUGACGCUCUUCUGUUUUGCACAUCUGAAUGUUGCAUUUGUAAAAGUGGUUUUUAGUUGUAAAUGUGAUGCUCAUCAAGGUCGUCCACGGCCUGGAUAUAAAAUGUGUUUGUUAUGUGAGACUGUUAUAUUUGAUGCAUGAAUAGUGGAUUUAAAUUGAUUAUUAGUCAGUUAUUACUGUACCAACAUAUAUUGUUAAGUGUCUUAUUAAGUAUGUAUAGCAAAAAAUGUUUGAAUGUAUGUUUCUGUUUUAUUGUU